CGAUGCCGACGAGGCCUGGCUGAAAACAUAUUUACGCUGUGGACUCACUGGUUGCCUUUAUAUGUCUGAUAAAGGAUAUAUUUAGGUAACCGCUGAUUUAAAACCAUUACCUCGACGUGGACAAUAAAUGCUUGGCUAUGUGUUUUUAUCGGCUUGAAACGCGGAGGCUUAAAGGACGCAAAUCCGCGGAACAAUGAGUCCUCCAGCUCGUCCCACAGUCUUCUGCUGUUGUCACAGGAAAAUCUGGUUGCAUUCGGCAACAGGGGGUGAACACAUCUGCAAUCCCCCCAGCUGUGAUCUGAGUGUGAGGGAUGGUAUGAUGAUCAAGCAUAAUGAAUAGAUACACCACCAUCAGACAGCUCGGGGAUGGCACCUACGGCUCCGUCAUCCUCGGCCGCAGCCUGGAGUCAGGAGAACUGGUUGCCAUUAAGAAAAUGAAGCGGAAGUUCUACUCUUGGGAGGAAUGCAUGAACCUGCGAGAAGUCAAAUCCCUAAAGAAACUCAACCAUGCUAAUGUGAUCAAACUCAAGGAGGUAAUUCGAGAAAAUGAUCACUUGUACUUCAUAUUUGAGUACAUGAAGGAAAAUUUAUAUCAGCUCAUGAAAGAUAGGACUCGUUUGUUUCCUGAAUCUGCUGUAAGAAAUAUAAUGUUUCAGAUACUGCAGGGAAUGGCCUUCAUUCAUAAACAUGGGUUUUUUCACAGGGACAUGAAACCAGAGAAUCUCCUGUGCAUGGGCCCGGAGCUGGUGAAAAUAGCCGACUUUGGACUCGCCCGCGAGAUCAGAUCUCGACCCCCGUACACAGACUAUGUCUCGACUCGAUGGUACAGAGCUCCAGAGGUGCUCCUCAGAUCUAUAUCCUACAGCUCACCUAUAGACCAGUGGGCGGUUGGCUGCAUCAUGGCUGAGCUUUACACCCUCAGGCCUCUUUUCCCAGGAUCCAGUGAAGUAGACACCAUAUUCAAGAUUUGCCAAGUCUUGGGGACGCCAAAGAAAACUGACUGGCCGGAGGGAUACCAGCUGGCAAGCGCCAUGAACUUCCGUUGGCCACAGUGUGUUCCAAGCAAUCUGAAGACGCUGAUCCCAAAUGCCAGUCCUGAAGCCAUCCAUCUGAUGACGGACCUGCUUCAGUGGGAUCAUAAGAAGAGACCAGCGUCUGCCCAGGCUCUCAGGUACUCCUACUUCCAUGUGGGGCAGGCUUUGGGCACUCCUCAGCAGAUCCUGGAGCAGGGCAGGCCUCAGCCAGGUCUGGUGAAGCUGCAGGGUCCGAUACAGCCACAACAGAUGCUGCAGCAACAGCAGCCUCUGCUGCUGAAGCCGGUGCCCCCCUCCCAGCCCCCACCUCCUCACCAACACUGCUCCCCCUCCAGGCCCCUCCAGCAGAUCCAGCCCUCCCCUGUAUCAGGAACGGCCCAGGCAGCAGCGUACCAGCGCCACUCCGACCUGCUGCGGGAGCAGCAGCAGCCAAAGCACAUCCUAAAGCAGGAACCGACAGAAGGAGCACCACAGCGGCAUCUACCUUACAUUGCCGACAAGAGUCUCCAGAGCAAGCAAACACGGCAGGAGUCAGAAAAUGCAAACCUACUGAGUUACCAGUUGAAACCCAAAGGAGGAGGGCGGCGGCGUUGGGGCCACGGCACAGGACACCUUAAAGGUGAAGACUGGGACGACUAUGAAGAGACGGAUCUGUCCUCCAUAAGUAUUCUGGGAAAACCCAGUUUUUCCACAGAGAAGUCUCGGCAGGGGGAGGACACGCUGAGCAGGUUUGGGAAAGUUCUGGAUUUCAGUCAACCCAGUGGAAAAGAAGAUGCACCUUUAAACCUAAACAGGACAGCAGGUUAUCAGGAGCCGUCAAGAACUGCCUCUGCCAAACAGCAUUACCUGAGGCAGUCGAGAUAUCUACCUGGAAUUAGCACGAAGAAGAAUGUGGCCAUAAAUGCCAGCAAUGAAUUUACUGGAAAUCAUCUUUGGGGUAGCAGUAAUAUUCCCUUUGGAGGAACUCUGCCAAGCAGAGGCGCUCAUGGUACAAAUACUAUUCCAGGUGGAUACAUGCCAUCGUUUUACAAGAAAGAAGGGGGUUCAGCUGGUCACAGAGAGCGCCACAGUGUUUCAGUGGAAACAACAGCAUCUAAUUAUGCAACAUGGCGGUCCGGUCGGAGUCAGAUGAGCCCCUCUGCAAACAUGCCGAUGGCUAACAAGAGCACCCCAGGGCUUCUGCCUCGCCAACCACUGCAGACUGUUCAUGGGCGAACAGACUGGUCUGCCAAAUACGGACACCGCUAGUGGCCUCCCUGGAACUCUGAUCUGUGCCCUAAGAACUCUUUUCACCUCCAAAGAGUAGGCCUAGGUGUUUUACAAUCCAAUCUGUACAUAGGUAUUACACAGCAAUAAAAAAAAAAGUUUUUGUUUCAUAGUGUGUGCUAUGGAUGCUGUGAGUUGUAACAUAUUUGUUUAGGUAAAGUCACUGGCCAAAGUGUGAGUCCAGAUUUGCUCCUCAGUGUUUCACUGUGUCUUUCUGUAAUAUAUCUACUGUUGUGGAGAGGUUGCACCCUCAGUUAUAUCUGAUCAUUAAAUGUUUACAAACAUAUAUAUACAUUGAAUGAUAUGCAUAUUAUAUUACGAAGCCUUCACUGUGUUUUGUUUUUGUCUAAUUAAUUGUUUUGGCUCUGUACAGUAUGUCUUUUUUUAUUUUCAUUGUUCUUCCUUUGUUUGAUUGUAAUUGCCUUGCCUAUCAGCUAUUAUUUGUAUACUGUAUGUUUUCAAGGAACUUUAAGCAAUGCUUUAAUUUCAGUGAAACUUAUAUGCAAGUUGUUGCCACACUGGAUCUGUUUCAGUUCCAGCAGUAAAAUGAAUUUAACAUUGAACUCAUUCUUGAUGAAAAUCUGUCAUUAUUGAAUUGC